UUCCAUGCACAUAUGAACCUUUCUAUGUGUCUCGAUAAUUCUCUUUUUUUUUUCUUCUGUUAGUUAGGCCUGAAUCCAUUGGAAAUGCCCACUCCUACUCCUCCUAAUUCUUCAACAUGUUCAACACCAAUGAAAGCUGUAUCCAAUGGAGCAUUCCAACAUGAAAACCCUUUGGAUUUUGCACUUCCAUUGUUGAUCCUUCAGAUAUGUUUGGUUGUUGCCUUCACCAGAUUCCUUGCACUGAUUUGCAGGCCUCUCAAACAACCUAGAGUCAUUGCAGAAAUCAUUGGUGGAAUACUACUUGGGCCAUCUGCAAUUGGGAGAAAUGAGAAAUUCCUUAAGACAGUUUUCCCCAACAAAAGUUUAACUGUUCUUGAGACAUUAGCCAAUGUUGGUCUUUUGUUCUUCUUGUUUCUGGUUGGUCUUGAGCUAGACCUUAGUUCGAUUCGAAAAACAGGAGCUAAGGCCUUGUGCAUAGCCCUUGCAGGGAUCACAUUCCCUUUUGUACUUGGCAUUGGAACAUCAUUUGCUCUCAAAGCCACCAUUUCCAAAGGUACUAAUCCAACACCAUUCCUUCUCUUCAUGGGAGUUGCACUCUCAAUCACAGCCUUUCCAGUCCUAGCUCGCAUCCUGGCUGAGCUUAAACUCCUCACAACUGAUGUUGGACGCAUAGCAAUGUCAGCUGCAGCUGUCAAUGAUGUUGCAGCAUGGAUACUACUUGCUCUGGCCAUAGCCCUCUCUGGCUCAGAAACUUCCCCCUUGAUUUCACUUUGGGUCUUGCUUUGUGGUGCUGGUUUUGUUCUCUUUGCCAUCUUUGCCGUUAAACCAAUUCUUAACAUAAUGGCUAAGCAUUCGCUUGAGGGCGAGCCGGUGAAGGAGACCUACAUAUGCUUUACCUUGACACUAGUCCUGGCUUGCAGCUUUGUCACGGAUGCCAUUGGCAUCCACGCGCUCUUUGGCGCAUUUGUAGUAGGCGUAAUUGUUCCCAAGGAUGGCCCUUUUGCUGAGGUAUUGACAGAGAAGAUAGAAGACAUUGUAACAGGCCUUUUCUUACCACUGUAUUUUGUGUCAAGUGGAUUGAAGACUGAUGUGGCAAGUAUAAGAGGAGCACUUUCUUGGGGAUUGCUAGCACUAGUUAUAUUCACUGCUUGCUUUGGAAAGGUCAUUGGCACAUUCUCUGUUUCAUUGUUAUGUAAAGUUCCUUUUAGAGAAGCCUUGGCACUUGGAUUUCUCAUGAACACCAAGGGAUUGGUGGAGCUCAUUGUUCUCAACAUUGGCAAGGAUCGCAAGGUAUUGAAUGAUCAGGCAUUUGCAAUAUGUGUUUUGAUGGCAUUGUUCACCACCUUCAUCACAACUCCAAUAGUUAUGGCAGUGUAUAAGCCAGCUCGAAGAGGAGUACCAUACGAGCAUAAGAUGAUCCAGCGCAAGGAUCCUGACACUGAGCUUCGGGUACUAGCUUGCUUCCAUAGCAACCGGAAUAUUCCUACCUUGAUCAAUUUGAUAGAGUCAUCAAGGGGAACUAGAAGGCGAGGGAAACUUUGCAUAUAUGCUAUGCAUUUGAUGGAACUCUCAGAGAGACCUUCAGCCAUCACAAUGGUUCAUAAGGCGCGCAACAAUGGACUUCCCUUUUGGAACAAAAUACAUGAUGGCAAAGAUAAUUUGGUGAUCGCAUUUCAGGCUUUUGGACCCCUAAGCAGCGUCAAUGUUCGCCCCAUGACAGCAAUCUCUUCUCUCAGUAAUAUUCAUGAGGAUAUCUGCGCCAGCGCGCACCAAAAGAGAGCAGCAAUGAUUCUCCUCCCAUUCCACAAACACCAACGCAUUGAUGGGACUAUGGAGUCACUAGGACAUGCAUUUCGGAUGGUGAAUAAGAAUGUCCUGAGCCAUGCUCCUUGCUCCGUGGGAAUUUUGGUUGAUCGUGGCCUUGGAGGGGAAAGACAAGUUCCAGCCAGUGAUGUUUCCUACAAUGUAGUGGCUGCAUUCUUUGGAGGACGUGAUGACCGCGAAGCACUAGCCUAUGGUAUGAGAUUGGCUGAGCAUCCCGGAAUUUUGCUUACUGUCAUCAAGUUUAUAGCUCCACCAGGGCAGACAUUCGCCUUUGGUGCCAACUUGGUUGGUCUAACAGCAAACAAGGACAAGAAGGUAAUAACUGUGGCUGAUGGAACAACCAUUGAAGAAGAUAAAAGAGAGGAUGACCAGUUUUGGUCUGAGUUCUUAAGUGUAUGCAGUAGUAGUGAAGAAUCUAUAGUGUAUGAGGAAAGGUUGGUGGAAAACAAAGAUGAUGUUAAAAAUGUAUUGAUGGAAAAGAAUAGGAGCAAUCUAGUUUUGGUAGGUAGGAUUCCACAAGUAGCACCUUUGGUAAACACAAGUGAUUGUUCAGAGCUUGGUCCUGUUGGAAGCUACUUGGCUUCUUCAGAUUUCUCCACUUCUGCUUCUGUUGUAGUAUUUCAGCAAUAUAAUCCAAAAUCAGACGUACACCCAUUGGUACUGGAGGUUUCUGAUUACUCAAAUAUGCCAGAUACACCAAAUCAUCCUUUGUAG